AUUUGUUUUUGAUAUUUGUAGAAAAUAAGAAAUUAUUUUUGCCAUGUUCAGACUGUUUAACUUUGAUUUGACCGAAACAGAAAUUACUGUAACUUACCCACUCAUAUACCUUCAUGGAGAGUGCACAAAUAAAGCUUCGUGGUUAAGCUGCUUGUCUCUUGGUAUUGUUCGCAAGUGGCCUGUACUAAAUGGAUACUUUAAAGUGUAUGCAGAGCUUGCAGUCGGGUUGAAUGAAGUUCAUUUGACCAACGAAGAUUGCGUGCCAUUGACUAUUAAGGUUAAAUACCUUAAACCUGAAAAUCCGAGAAAAGUUCUUCCCGUUUAUAUUGUUUGCAAAAAUUCUGAUGGAUCUUUUAUAUCACCUGACAAAUCACGUGAAAAUAAUGUUGAUGAAGCUCUCAAAAAGAUUCAGUUGAACGUACGAUUAAUGCAGACCUUUUUCGCGGAAUCAAUGCACGAGCAUGGGUUUUCUAGAAAGACUUUUGAAAUGCAUGAAACUAAUGAAGGUGUUGUGGUUGUUGAUAUAUUGUACAGCGAUUUGGAUAUAAAUGAAACUCAAACCAUGUCUCCUGACAGACUUUAUUCUUACUUUAUAGAAGAAAUCACUAGAAAAAUCAAUAAACCAAACACCAAGUAUUUGUGUUUUAUGUCAUGUACUCGUUACAAGGCACCCAAUGAAGAAAAUAAUUUCACCAUAGGUAAAAUUAUGUCAUAUGUAACCGGUCACGCUGCACUCGGUGGAGGUAAUAUGGCCUUGUUUGGAACUGGUUCCAUUCAUACCUGGGCUACGUAUAUAGAAGAAAUAUAUUUCAAAUUUUCAGAUAAUACUUUAAUCGACAGAAAGUGCAUGUUUGACGAUAGUUGUGGAAGAGGAACACAUUGGGCUAACUACUCAACUAGUCUAGGAGCAGCAAUUCAUGAACUUGGACAUUGCUUUGAUCUAGCUCACACGCCGUCUGGUAUUAUGGCACGUGGUCAUGAUGACAUGAAUUGUUUUUAUAUUGUUGUUGAAGGUUCAACAGUGAAUGAGUUUCAAAGUACAUCAUUAUCUAAUGAACGUUUUUUGGCUAAGUACAAUGGCGCUCAUUGGCAUCGAGCAUCUGCUGUCAUCCUUAACUAUCAUAAAUGGUUUAACUCACACAGUGCCUCGGCCACAGAUCUAGUGUGUGAUAAAGUUUAUUUGUCUGAGUUAACGCCAGUGUUAAUGGUACCUGGAAAAGUAGGGCCAUUUGGUAAUAAUGGGCCUAGUGCCCAGACCAGUCAGAUUGAUUUUGACUCAAAAACUUGGUUAAAUAAGCACAACUUGUAUUUAAAGGGCAUUGUUUUAUUUUGGGACACUUAUUUAUGCGGAAUUCAAUUUAUCGGAGGUAAGCUUUUAGAUAACAAUGAAAUAUACUCUCAAAUUUAUGGGUCUUCCGCAUUUUGUAAAAGAUCAAGGUUCGACCUCGCUUUAAAUGAAAAAAUCACAUCUAUCACGUUGAGAUCAGGAGCAUGGGUUGACGGGAUUCAGAUUUCAUCUAAUUAUAAGUCGUCACGCUGGCUGGGUGGAGCCGGAGGUAACGUUAUACAUUACAAAAUACCUGAAAACCGUUGGGUUAACACGAUAUUCGGAAGUGCUGGAAAAUAUGUUGGCAGUAUUGGCUUAAAACUGGAUGACUACGAAGAAACUCAUGCUCCUCAACCGCUUAUGUUUCAUACAAAUAACGGAAUUCGGUUAUUGGAAUUUCGAAAUAAGUCGGGCGAAAUCAUUGCACAUAAAGAAUAUCUACAUCAACCCCCUAAGAACCUAGUAAUAAGAGUAGAAGAUAUAAUUUCAUAUCAAUCCCGCGUUAAUAGUGAAAAAUCUAGUGAGAGUGAAUAUGAAAAAAUUAUUAGCGGGAUGCUGCUAGAUGAUUCAGGAGAAGUUCUUCGAUUUCAUUUAAAUUAGUUUUCAUUUAUUUUAGUUUUAGCUAAA